CCUAGUUCUUCCUCUCCACACGUUGUUGCUAGGGAAUGUGGAGGAGCGAUCGAUGGCGCUCUCGUCUCCGCCUCCUGCCGCUGCUCGCGUGAUCAGACCAGGUGGGAAUUUGCUGCAAGGCGCUCGCUGGAGGAGCUCGAUUGAUCGACCAUUGUUACAAGGAGGUAUCACGAGGAGGAUUUUCAUCGAUUUACCCUUGGUAGCCGCCGGAUUGCUGCUGUGUAGGGCUGCUUACGCCGAUACAAUGGCUCCACAUUAUAGAGGCCUCGAGAGGCUGCCUUUCAAAAAGGAAGGAUACAACUUCUGGAAAUGGAAAACACACCGAAUUCAUUACGUUGUCGAGGGCCAAGGAGCUCCUGUUCUGCUGGUGCACGGUUUUGGAGCGUCAGCUUUUCACUGGAGGUACAACAUUCCAGAGCUGGCAAAGUAUUUCAAAGUGUAUGCAAUGGACUUGCUGGGAUUUGGACUGAGUGACAAAGCUCUUGUUGAGUAUGAUCCAUUUCUGUGGAGAGAACAAGUAGCCGCUUUUGCUCGGGAAGUUGUCCAAGAGCCUGUGGUGCUUGUGGGAAACAGCAUUGGUGGAUUUACAGUGCUUCACACAGCUUCAGUUUAUCCUGAACUCGUCUCUGGCGUGGUUCUUCUAAAUUCAUCAGGACAGUUUGAAAGUGAACUGAAAGAGAAGAAAGCGAAACCUGUUGUGGAAGAAACAGCACUAAGGAGACUAAUCAAUCCUAUCCAAGAAUGGGGAAGACGAUGGUUAGUUUUCCUGACAUUCUGGCAAGCCAAACAGCCUUCUCGAAUCCGCUCAGUUCUACAAAACGUGUACAAGGACAACGAGAACGUGGAUGACUAUCUUGUGGAGUCGAUCGUUUUACCAACAAAGGACCCCAACGCAGCUGAAGUCUACUACAGGAUGAUGUCGAGCUUUAUGCUCAGGCCCUCGACGCUGACCAUGGACUCGCUACUAUCCAAUCUCUCGUGUCCACUUCUACUUUUAUGGGGAGUGUUGGAUCCCUGGGUUGGUCCUGGAAAAGCAGAGAAGAUCAGAGCCUUCUACAAAGAUACUACGGUUGUGACUUUGGAAGCUGGGCAUUGUCCACACGACGAAGCCCCGGGAGAGGUGAACAAGGCUCUGGUAGAGUGGAUAUCGGCAAAAGUAUCGAACAGAGCCUAGUGAGCUUACUAAAUUGAAUAUUUCUUACUUUGGGCCUGUU